ACUGUGAACCCUGCAUUUCAUAUGUUUUUUUAUAAGUUUUGUGUUAAAGUUAGGGAAGACUCCAUUUUUUUUAAAUCUGAGUUUAAAGUCAAACUUGUACUGGAUUUUGCUUCUCAACACCCAGUGAGUGAUAUAUGGAGAUGGCUGAAAAAGAAACAAAACGGGUUUCCAAGUACUUCAAGCCAACCGUCCAGAAAAACGGGGAGUCUCGUAAAGAGGUGAAGAAAAAGAAAGUCAAAGAAGGAUGUCCUGAGUAAUCCAGUGCACCUACACAGCUGAGGAGUACCAGGCAGUGCAACGAGCCCUGCAGCAGAGGCUGGGACCCGAGUACAUCAGCACCCGAGUGGCCGGAGGAGGACAAAAAGCAAGUCUUUGUUUUAGAUCGUUCACUUUGGGACACGCAUUCAAACCCCACACCCAGAGCUCCGCUCUGCGUGCAGAACAAAUACAAACYGCUGCAGUAUUAUAAAUGAACCCCGCUGAUCCGGUUUAAACAGGUGUGUUACAUCGAAGGUCACCGCGUCAUCAGCCUGGCCAACGAGAUGUUUGGAUACAACGGAUGGUCGCACUCCAUUUCCCAGCAGAAYGUCGACUUUGUGGACCUCAUCAACGGGAAGUUUUACGUCGGCGUCAGCGCCUUCAUUAAAGUGCAGCUGAAGGACGGCUCGUUUCAUGAGGAUGUGGGUUACGGGGUCAGCGAGGGGCUGAGGUCCAAAGCUCUGUCUCUGGAAAAGGCGAGAAAGGAAGCGGUCACAGACGGCAUGAAGAGAGCACUGAAGUGUUUCGGUAACGCUCUUGGAAACUGCAUACUGGAUAAAGAGUACCUCCUCGCCAUCAACAAGAUCCCCAAACAGCGUCCACCUCCUCUGGACCCGGGUCAGACUAAACGAUCUGAGGGACAGCCGUCGGUGGAGAAGGCCCGGUUCUGCAGUCUGGCCCGAGACGAAAACACGGUUUCUACAGCUGGACCUGCCAGGGUGCUGCUGGAGUCCCGAGCGUUCAACCACUCAGAGGUCCACACUCCCGGCGCCAGCAGAAAGAGCGAGAACAUCAGCUCCAAAUCUGCCGCAGGCUCUGAGAACGCCGGCGCGUCCGAGGUUCAAACGGACCCCAAACAGCUGAGGAAAAUACGACAGCAGCAGCUUCAGCAGAAGUUCAGGAAGGAGAUGGAGGCCAAGAGGCUGCAGCUGCAACCGGACCGGGUCAAGUCUGAGGAGGAGGAGGAGGUCACUGUUGGACGAAGAUCCACCUCAGGUGAAGCCAGAGAGUCUUCAGUCAGCAACGCCUCAUCUGAAAACCAGAACUUCAGCAGCGGGGACUCAAAUCUCAAAGACGAUCCUGAGAUCUGGCAGUUUUUUCUGGACGAGAACGAGGAUCUGGAUGGACCUGCAGGUGAGGCUUCUUCUAGAGGGGUUCAGCCUGGCACUCCUGGGAACCACCAGAUGCAGACGCGCAGUAAGACUCCACAGAGGGACCAGAGCAGACCUCCGGAGGCCCCGUCAAACAGCAGAACCCACAGUCCGUACAGACCGCGCCACCAGAACCAUUAUCAGGGGAGACAUGGUGAAUCCUUCAGUCCGUACAAACAAGGACAACAAAUGAAAAAACGCCGUCUCAACAAUUGAACUGUAUGAUCAAACUUUAAUUUUACUUUUAUUUAUUUUGUAUUUACUUUAGCAUUCAUUCUGCACUUAACUGCUGCUAUGGAGACUUAUAGAAAUGUUUUAAUGUAAGAAUAUAAAACUAAGAAGUUGAUUUUGUUUUAUGAGCAAAAUGUUACUUGGUUGUAACAAAAAUUCACUUUGUUCAACUGUCUUUAAACACGACAACACCAAAAUAAAAGUCUUGUAUUUGA